AUGUUCAGAAGACUUAUAUCAAGGCCGAGAACCUUCCAACCGUCUAUAUUGAGAACUAAAAUGCAACCCGCAAUUCUUAGUCGAAGUUUUAACCUUGAUACAACUGGUCUAUGGAAGAAAAAGCAGGAUACCAAACAUUUUUUUUGUAAACCUGAAGAGGAUGUUAAUGAUAAUAUGAAUAAUGAAAUAAUGCAAUCCUAUAGACGGAUGCAAAAUACAAAAAGAUUACAAACAGGAAUAAUUAUUGUCAGUAGUUUAGUGAUAAUAAUCAUUGGGUAUCAGGUUUGUUAUAAAGUAAUAUAUUUAAAACGAGACGCAUUUAUUGCAUUAUACCCUAGUCCGUACAAGAUCCAUCGAUUAAGUGAGUCGGAAAAGCAAUAUUUGGAUAUUCCAUAUAUGAAAAUGAUAAUUAAGAAACGAGCUAUAGAGAAAGUGGUAAGAAAUGAAUUCAUAAGGGAAGAAUAUGGAGUACCAUUAAAAUUAGAUAUAUAUGAUGACAGUGAUGACAAACGAGAUCAAUUUAAAGUAUGGAGUGAAGAUGAAGAUCUAGUCAUAUAUGGAAUUAAAUUCAGACCACAAAGAACAAGUGGGAAUAAACAAUUGAAUGAUAAAUGGUAUGGAUUUCUUGGACUAUUUCAAUGGAAGUUUAGUGUAAGAAGUGUUAAUUUAAUUCAAAUAUUAGAAGAUUUUUCAACAGCACUUGGCAUUAGACUUGAUAAGAUAACAAUACCUGAAAGACGAUAUGGUUCAUUUAAAAAUGAGUAUCCAAUUCAUGAUAACGAUUAUGAUGAUUUUGAAAAUGGGACGUCACAUGAUAGACGAAGACAUAUUUGUUUUAUUGGUGAAUUUAGAUUGAAUGAUAAUUCAACUGUUGUUUAUAAAGGUAAAUAUCAUGUUGAUACAAAAUUUGAUGAAAUAUAUUUAAUGCGAGAAGAAGAUGGUAAAAAAGUUAAAUAUUUAAUAUAUGAUGAACGAUUUGGAACCGCAAAGAAAUAA